ACCUGGCAUGACGUCACUUCCGGUGGCCUCGGAAGGGGCGGUGCCGGGCUCUCUCCCCGCCCCCUCAGUCAGGUGGAGGCGGGACAAGGAGCUCGGGGAGGAACCUGCGCGGAAGCUGAUGGCGCUUCUUUUGACUCCUCGGUUCCGUCACCUGGGCAGCCAGAACGAGCUGGCGGGCCCAGGCCGGAGUGGUCGGCGUUCCGGGGUCCCUGCAGGUGGCUUCUGCCGGAAAAGGAGGACAGGUUGUUCUGGUCCUUUUCAAGCUACUCAGCUAUGGGAUGGUAUUAUUCACUCUCUUCAGACCCAGGUGGAAAUAAAAAGGAGGAGGCAUCGUUUACGAACAUACAAAGACUGCUUCACCGGUUCUGAUGCUGUUGAUGUAGUAUUAAGUCACCUUAUGCAGAACGUGUGCCUAAGUAGCAGUGACAUCUCUCGUCUUAAAGGAGUUCAUCUUUGCCAACUUCUAAUGACUCAUAAAGUGUUUGAACCGGUAGGAUUGAAGCUGUUCAAAAACGAAAGGGAACUGCAAUUUGACGAUUCCAACAGCAGUCUCUACAGGUUUCUAGGCAAUAAAUCAUCUUAUGCUGCGCAUGGGCUGAUGGAUGACAUGAAAGCAAAGAAUCUUUCCAGCAGACCAGAAGAUGAAAUGAUUUCAAAUCCUCUAGCACGUGAGCUCUGUGAGGAAAGAAUUGAGGAACUUAUUCAUACAGUGAGUGGGGAUCUAUACUUACCUCGUAUCCUAAUUAAUGAGCCUGUUCUCCAGCUUUCCAAAGAAGCUGUGGAAGAUAUCUGGAGACAACAGACACUCUUAUGUAUUCUGCAGCUGAUUCAUCUUCCGUUCUUGGAAAAUGUUUUAAAACCUCCAGCUAAGACACACAGUCUCGGGUUAAGUAAAGAGGAAGACCUUGUUAUCUCGAACACUUGCCUGGACAGAGAGCUGAUUCCAAGCCUGUGUCUAACAGAGAUUGAUAACUGGCUUAAUGCAGCGGUUGAAUGCUUGGAGUAUUUCCCUGACCAGUUAAUAGUUAAAGUUAGUCAGCAGCUGAUGCAAAACGAAAAUGAAGAGGCAAGAUUGGAUAUUCAGAAGAAAUUACUCUUUGAUGUCAUAGUAAAAUAUUACAGUCAAGAGAGAUGUUGCCUAUUAACUGACGACUAUUUUGAUAUUCAUUUAGGAAUUAUUGAACUUUUAGAAAACGAAAAGAGAGCAGAAGCACUUGAAGCAUUUCAGCUCUACCUGAGACUGCUGCCACCCACUGUUAGGGAGGAGUUACGUCGGUUACUUACCUUUAUGGCUGUUGCAUCAGAGCCCACUGGCUACAGGUUGCAAAAACAGUGUGAUAACAAAACAGUGGUCAUGAAAACUCUUGCCAAAGCAGUUCUGCAAACCAGAUCAUUAUUAAAAGUCCGGGCAGAACAACUGACCUGCUUUCUACUGGACUUUCAUGCUGAGCUCUUCAAGACCCCAGUUACCUUACUGGAUCUCAUCAGUAGGAAACUUAAGAAGCUUCGGCAUGGAGAGGAUCCUGAUGCCAUAUCAGAUUUUACAUUUUGCCAACCCAUGACACACAAGGAGUUUGAAAAUCAAAAGGGAAGGACAAUUCAAUAUCUUCAUCAAUUGGCCCUUGAGAUUAACAGUAACCCUAACAUCUCUUUGAAGCAAAAAAAGAAACUAAUUAAGGAAUUUCAGAAACACCACCCAGAAGCUUUGAAUUGAUACUUUUUGGGACAAGAAACUACCAUUUGGGAAUAUGUGCGAAUCUGGUAGUUUUUCAAACAUCCAUACUUAAGACAACAAAGAAAAGAUGGCUUCCAGGCAUUUUAAGUAUAAUCAUGUCUAAAAUAUGUUAAGGAGGUUUUAAAAAGGAAUCAACUCAGUCUUCAUGUGCACUUGAUUCACUUAAUCAUUUUGCUACUGAAAUCACUUAUUAGUGCCUAAUAUUAAUUUCCUUUAAAGUUUUCCCCAUAGGAAAGGCAUAUGAGCUCUCUGAAGAAAGUACAUACUUCCUUAAUAUAAUUUUCAAAUUAUUCCCUUAAACAGCUGUAAUUUAUUUUAUUACUUCUUUAUUAUUAUUUUUUUUUUAUGAUACAGUUCCAUAGGCUCCUGGGAUUUCUCUUACCCCCUCCCCAAGUCCCCACUGAGUUCCCCUAUAUUAUUACUACAGUAUAGUUCU